UUUGCCUGUUCCCAAACUAGCUUAAAGCCAGUCUCUCUGAAGUAAGAGUCUGCCUGGGAUGAAUCAAAAUGUCCAGUAAUUACAGACUACUGGUGAAGAAUGCCAAACAGGUGGUUCUGAUCUGCAACAAUGGAGAGAAGUACAUGACCAAACAUGGGAUGCAAAAUCUUUGUGUGAUUGAAAAUGGGAGCGUAGUGAUAGGGAGUGAUGGGCUGAUUAAAGCUGUGGGGCCUGCGGAAAUCAUCAGAGCACAGUAUUCAGAAGUGUCCUUUGAGAAAGUGAUUGAUGCUACAGGAAUGUGUGUCCUGCCUGGGUUGGUUGACGCCCACACCCAUCCAGUCUGGGCUGGUGACAGGGUGCAUGAAUUUGCAAUGAAGCUGGCAGGUGCCACCUACAUGGACGUGCACCGGGCCGGUGGAGGGAUCCACUUCACGGUGGAGCACACUCGAGCCACCAGCUCCGUAGAGCUGCUGGCCUCCCUCAGCAGCAGGUUGGGCCGGAUGCAGCGGGCAGGUACUACCCUGGUGGAGUGUAAGAGCGGAUAUGGCCUGGAGCUGCAGACUGAGCUCAAGAUGCUGGAGGUGAUCGAGGAGGCCAGAAGGAUCCUGCCCAUCAACAUCUCCUCAACCUACUGUGGAGCCCACGCAGUGCCCAAAGGGAAGACAGUUGCAGAAGCCACAAAGGACAUCCUGCAGGUUCAGCUGCCACGGCUGAAAGAACAGAUGUCUGCUGGGACUCUCAGAGUCGACAACAUCGACGUGUUCUGUGAGCAGGGAGUGUUUGACCUCAGCUCUUCUCGCGCCAUCCUGCAGGCUGGCAAAGACAUGGGCCUCAACAUCAACUUCCACGGAGAUGAGCUUCAUCCUAUGAACUCUGCUCAGCUGGGUGCAGAGCUCGGAGCCUUAGCCAUCAGUCACCUGGAGGAGGUCACAGACGAGGGGAUCGCUGCCAUGGCAACAGCAAGAACCGCGGCCGUCCUUCUACCAACUACAGCUUAUAUUCUACGGCUGCCUCAGCCUCGGGCCAGAGACAUGUUGGAAGCUGGAGUUAUUGUUGCCCUCGGCAGCGACUUCAACCCCAACGCCUACUGCUGCUCCAUGCCAAUAGUCAUGCACCUGGCCUGUGUCAAUAUGAGGAUGUCCAUGCCUGAGGCUUUGGCUGCGGCCACCAUCAAUGCAGCCUACGCCCUCGGGCGCUCCCACACACAUGGCUCCCUGGAGGUCAACAAACACGGAGACCUGCUGAUCCUUAACACCACACGAUGGGAGCAUCUGAUCUACCAGCUGGGAGGACAUCAGGAGCUAAUCCGUUACGUAGUCAUCAAAGGCCACGUCAUCUUUGAUAAUGACAGAACCAUGGACUUAUAACCAGAGAAUAACCACCUCCUGACCGAUUCAGAUUAGUGAAAGGAACUAUUAAUAAUAUUAAUAGACAGCUACGGCAUGUAUUCAGCUGAGAUCUUAGGGGAAUACUUAGACAUUUUUUGGAAAUGCAUGUAUAUGUCUGGAAACAGGUAGCUAGUUUAGCGCUGUCCACUUCCUGGAGUCUCUGCUGGUUGCCUGGCAACCCAACGGAGACGACUAGACUGUUUCCCUAUUUCCAGUGUUUAUGCUAAGCUAAGCUAACCUGCAGCUGGCUGUAGCUUGUAUUUAACGCAUUGGGAACAUUUUGGGAAGCCGUACAGUAUUUCCCAAAAUGUCGAACUGUUUCUUUAUGUUAAUAUUAACAUAAAAUCAGCUGCCUGUCAAAGAAUGUGGCUCAGGCCAAUGAAUCAAUGUACUAUCGAAGCAGUAUUAACAACUCGUCUAGAAACUGACGUUUUGAGAUAAAUGCCAUGUUACCUGUUGAUUAUGUUAUAAUCGGUCUCUCUAUUCAAACACCUUCUCUUUUGUCAGUAAAAAGCAUUUUAUCAA